CGAGCCCGGGCCCGAGCCCGUAGCUCCGCUAUCGCCCGGCUCCGCCAUCUCCGCCGCGACCCGGAACCGGCACCUCCUGCAGCCACAUCCGGCAGCCGGCUCGGAGCAGCAGGAAGUUCCGCCCACACGGCUGGAGGCGGGAGCCACCAGCUGAUUGGGUUCUCGAAUCGUCAAUCGCUGGACAGGCGGUAGAAAACGUUGUGCUGGUUGGUCGGCCUCCCGCCAGUUGGGAAGAAACUGCUGUGAUUGGUCGGACGGCGGGAGGGGCGGUGCCCCAUCGGGUUGAUAAGGGCCGGCAGGCAGCCCGGCCCUCACAUUUCGCCAUGGAGCUCGGGGCGCGUUUCCGGACGUACCGGGAGUUCAAGGAGUCCCUGUGCGCCUACCAGCAGGCCCACGGCUCUCACUAUAGCCUGCGCAGCUGCACCUCGGUGCGCUUCCACAACCGGGAGCACGGCACGGCCGUUCGUGAGGAUGUAAUGUUCAUGCAGGUGAAGUUUGGUUGUACCCGGACCCAAAAGUACAAUAAGAAAAGGAAGAAGCAGCCCAAUCUGUGUCCAGCUUACUUUGUUUUGCAAUAUAAUGAGGACAUAGAUCAACUCGUGAUCAGUGAGCUAUGUAGUGACCAUGUACAUGUGGACACGGAGUUUUUCCUGACCGGUGUUGGCAUAACCAGAAGAGCCAACACCACAGCAGAUGACAGCCCUGCAGUCAAGCUGUGCAGGCAGCAGGCAGAUGGGACUGAAAGCUGCAAUGAGGUGGAUGAGAACUUGCCCGAGGCUGAGCAAGUUGUGGAUGGAGCAUCCACUUUGUGCAAAGUUCCUGCACUCUCAGAGGCAGGGAAGGAAAAUGACUCUCCCUCAGCAGCAGACAGAGUCACUGAAGUAGUGAAAAACUGCCUGAAUGCAGACAGCGGGGCACUGGCUUCACUUGAUGUAGGCAGUGAGCAGGAGCUAGAGAGACUCAACUUCCAGACCAGCAAGAUGAAGAGCUUAUUUACAAAGUUUCCUACCAGCCUUCUGUUGCACAGGGUACAGAGCCAGGGAGAACAUGUUCUCUACGUGCUCUUAGUAGAGAGUAAAGAGCGAGUGGGGAAGAUUGUGCACUGGUCAGUCCUGAAGACUGACACGGCACAGAGCAUCAGCAAAAUGCUGGCUGUUUUCAAGGAGUUCAAUCCUGAGUGGCAAAAGGUGAAGGUUGUUUUUGUGGACGUGUCCUUCCCUCACAGAGCUGUCCUUCAGGAGCUCUUUCCUUUGGCUCAGGUGCUCCUUUCUGUCUACCACACUGUCCGACUGCUUGAGGAGAAUGUGAAUGCAGCAGAAAUGCCACAUUGUACCAAGCAAGAAAUGAAGCUGGCAUUGAAGAAUGCAGUAUUUUCCACUUCGGCUGACAGUCUGGACACCCUGUCUCAGAUGAUGAAGAGUGUGGUUAACGCAGAGCUGUAUGACUACCUCCAGGCCAACUGGUUCUCCUGUGAGCUGCUGUGGUACAUGCAUACCAAGAAAGGUCUUCAUUCAUGCAGUGCACACAUUGACAGUCUGGAUCUCGUCACACACCGGCUAUCUGCUCUCUUUCGCCAGCACUCCUCCUUGGAGGCAAGUGUUCUCCAUUUACUGGAGUGUGCAGAGUGUCUCGAUUCCAAACCUCUGGAAAGCUCCAACUGGAGUCCCUCGUGCACCAAGGACUGUCAGAGAGGCUUCCAGGAGAAACCUGAAGCGCAGGUGCGUGCCACCACAGAACCAGACCCUCCUUUUGACUCACAGGUUCCAACUGAGCACCCCGAGCCUCCCAGGCAGACGGUGCCCAGCGUGGUGGUGGAGGGGCAGGCCUGCAUGCUGGAGGAGCUGCGGGACAGCUGCACGGCGCAGGGCUACCAGCUGUGUGCCAACGAGUGGGAGGUGGUGCAGAUGUCCACGCAGCUGAUCAGCGCCGUGCCGGGCGGCGUGGAGGUGCGGCUGCUGGAGGACGCGCACCGGGUGAGCGCCGACCGCCGGAGCUGCAGCUGCUACUUCCAGCACCGCUACCGCCUGCCCUGCCGCCACCGGCGGUCGCGGAGCAGCUUCGUACCGCAGCGGCUGCUCUUCGAGGUCACCAGCGCCAGCGUGGUCAGCGAGCGCUCCUCCAAGUACGUGCUCUACACCAUCUACCUGAUCCGCUCCGGGCACUUGGACAAGGCUCCCGCCGCCAUCUCCCGUCGCUACUCGGACUUCGAGCGGCUGAACCGCCGCCUGCGCGGCCGCUUUGGCUGCGACAUGGCGGGCAUCGCCUUCCCCAGGAAGAGGCUGCGGCGCAACUUUACGGCCGAGACCAUCGCCAAGCGGAGUCGAGCCUUCGAGCAGUUCCUGUCCCACCUGCACUCCAUCGCCGAGAUCCGCCGCUCCCCCGAGUUCCUUGAAUUCUUCUUCCUGCAGGACCUGCGCGCCGCCCAGCGCCUCACCUGCACCGGCAUGUACCGCGAGGCUCUGGCCACCUGGGCCAACGCCUACCGCCUGCAGGACCGCCUGGGGGUCUGCGGCUCUGGCCGCUUCCUCCUGACGCUGGCCGGGUUGGUCGUCUGCCACCAGGAGCUGGACCAGCUGGGUGAAGCCCACGGCUGCUGCGAGCAGGCGCUGCAGCUGCUGGAGGCCCAGGACAGCCACCCGCUGCUGGGGCCCUUCCUCCAGGCUCACGUCCACCUGGCCUGGAAAGUGGGCAAGGACAAGCGGCAGUCGGAAGCCCGGCUGCAGGGCCUGCAGGAGGCCGGCGUGCCAUUGCAGCAGCAGCCCAGCCUGAAGGAGUGUCUCAUCAAGGAACCUCUGGAGUGAGGCUAGGGGCCGUGGGGUGCAGGACAGUUUGCGCUCUGGGGCGGGAGAGGGAGCAGAGAGGGUUGGGAUGGGGCACAGAGGCAGAGUUGUGAUGGCACAGCCUGCACGUGGUGGCUGGGAUCAGGGUUGGCCCCUCUGGAGCUAUCUCUUGAAAAUGCACUUUCUAUAUCAGUUUUUCCACCAGUGCUGGGUGCUUGCUGCCCGCACUACCUGUCAGGAGCCACUUGCUCCUUGGGGUUCUCAAGACAGACAGGACUUUAGCUGAGACACAUUGGCACUGCAUUUAAGGGACAGGAAGGCUUCCAGCCAGGAGCUUCCAAUAACAGAAAAUAAAAAGGACUUUAAUAAAGUCGUGAUAGGAGAAAGA